CUGUGCGCUGAGAGCCCAGCGCCGGAGCCGAGCGGCGAGGAGAGCAAGCCGAGGCCCCGAUGGAGCGGUACAAAGCCCUGGAGCAGCUGCUGACGGAGCUGGAAGACUUCCUCAAGGUCCUCGAUCAGGAGAACCUGAGCAGUACCGCCGUGGUGAAGAAGAGCGGCCUGGCCGAGCUCCUCCGGCUUUACAUCAAAAGCAGCAGUUCUGAUGAGGAGUACAUUUACAUGAACAAAGUGACAGUCAACAAGCAACAGAAUGCUGAGUCCCAAGACAAAGGGCCCGAGGAGCAGAACCCCCUGACCAACGGGGAGCCCCGCCAGCAUGCCACGGCGCCUCAGAAGAGUCUUCCGGACCUCCCGCCCCCGAAGAUCAGUGCAGAACGGAAACAGCUUCCCAUCCCAAAGAUCGAGUCUCCGGAGGGUUACUAUGAAGAGGCUGAGCCAUACGAUGUGUCCCUCAACGGUCCUCCUGGCAGAGUUCCCCCCACUGGAGUCCCCAGAUGGGUGCAGGUGCCCGAAGGAGUCAUUUACGCCACCAUCACCUUGGAGGAUGGAGAGGCUGUGAGCAGCUCCUACGAGUCCUACGAUGAGGAUGAAAGCAGCAAGGGCAAGUCGGCCCCCCACCAGUGGCCCUCCCCCGAGGCCAGCAUCGAGCUGAUGCGCGACGCCCGCAUCUGCGCCUUCCUGUGGCGCAAGAAGUGGCUGGGGCAGUGGGCCAAGCAGCUCUGCGUCAUCAAGGACACCAGACUCCUGUGCUACAAAUCCUCCAAGGACCACAGCCCCCAGCUGGACGUGAACUUGCUGGGCAGCAGUGUUGUCCACAAGGAGAAGCAAGUGCGAAAGAAGGAGCACAAGCUGAAGAUCACGCCGAUGAAUGCCGAUGUCAUCGUUCUGGGCCUGCAGAGCAAGGACCAGGCCGAGCAGUGGCUCAGGGUCAUCCAGGAGGUGAGCGGCCUGCCUUCCGAGGGGGCAUCCGAGGGAAACCAGUACGGCCUGGAGGCCCCGCGCCUGAACUGUCAGAAGCCUGACAUAACUGAGAAGUACCUGUCAGCCCAGGAGUAUGGAAGCUCCGUAGACGGCCACCCGGAGGUCCCAGAGACCAAAGACGUCAAGAAGAAAUGUUCUCCUGGCCUCAAGCUGAGCAACCUAAUGAACCUGGGCAGGAAGAAGUCUGCCUUGCUGGAGCCUCCGGAGAGGUCCCUCGAGACAUCCAGUUACCUGAACGUGCUGGUGAACAGCCAGUGGAAGUCGCGCUGGUGCUCCGUCAGGGACAGUCACCUGCACUUCUACCAGGACCGGAACCGAAGCAAGAUGGCCCAGCAGCCCCUGAGCCUGGUGGGCUGUGAGGUGGUCCCCGACCCGAGCCCGGACCACCUGUAUUCUUUCCGCAUCCUGCACAACGGCGAGGAGCUGGCCAAGCUUGAGGCCAAGUCUUCUGAGGAAAUGGGCCACUGGCUCGGCCUCCUGCUCUCCGAGUCAGGCUCCAAGACAGACCCCGAGGAAUUCACCUACGACUACGUGGAUGCGGACAGGGUUUCCUGUAUUGUGAGUGCGGCCAAAAACUCUCUGCUAUUGAUGCAGAGAAAGUUCUCGGAGCCGAACACAUACAUCGACGGCCUGCCCAGCAAGGACCGCCAGGAUCUGCUGUAUGACGAUGUGGAGGUGUCAGAGCUGACGGCCAUGCAGGUGGAGCCCGAGGAAGCCGCCUCUGCCACAGAUGUUCCAAGCGAGGGCAACCCUGACCACGUGUACCUGGACCUCACGCCGGUCAAGUCCUUCCUGCACAGCGCGGGGGGCACCCAGACCCGACUGAGUUCCCCAACUCCGCCCUGCCUGGACCCUCCGGCCGAGCCUCUCGCUGCACACCCGGGCCCCGCCGCAGACGAACCUCUCGCCAAGUCUACAGGGGCCCCGGUGCUGCAGCAGACGCAACAGGAGAGUCCAGAGCCUGAGGAGCCUUCGCCAAGAAUCACGACAGUCAAAAUCCAAACCGAACAGCAAAAAAUCUCCUUCCCACUGAGCUGCCCUGACGCUGUGGCGGCCCCCGCAGCCGGGGCUGGCACACCUGUGAAGGACAAGCUGAGGGUGACCUCUGCAGAGAUCAAACUUGGCAAGAACUGGACAGAAGCUGAGGUGAAGCGGUACACAGAGGAGAAGGAGAGGCUGGAGAAGCAGAAGGAAGAAAUCCGGGGGCACCUGGCUCAGCUCCGGAAAGAGAAACGGGACCUGAGAGAGACCCUGUUAAAGUGCACAGAUAAGGGAGUCCUGGCCAGCCUGGAGCAGAAGCUGAAAGAAAUUGAGGAGCAGUGCAGGGUCGAGGAGAGAAGGCGUGUGGACCUUGAGCUCAACAUCGUGCAGGUGAAGGACAACCUGAAGAAGGCCGAGGCCGGGCCUGUGACGCUGGGCACCACUGUGGACACCACCCACCUGGAGAAUGUGAGCCCCCAACCCAAAGCUGCCGCCCCCACCCUGGACUGUACCCCGGUCAACUCUGCCACGGCGCUCAAGAACAGGCCUCUUUCCGUCAUGGUCACGGGCAAAGGCACCGUCCUCCAGAAAGCCAAGGAAUGGGAGAAGAAAGGAACAAGCUAGGAAACAAGCUUUCUCUAAAGACUCUCCUGUCAAUAUGGACCUUGGCGACAAUCCUGCUUCGUUCAAAUCUUCGUUAAAGCAGCAACUCUGUAAGAGGGUGAGCCUGUGUAGAAGGGAAAACCAGGGCGGGGGUGCCGCGCGUGGAAAGCUUCGGCUGAGAGUGGCUCUGGCCCUCCUCACGGCGAAGGGAAUAGGAAAACAAAAAAAGUCGGGAUCUCUGCAUUGAUAUCGUCUAUGACGUGCUUCGUGAGACAUGGUAACAGAAGAGAAAAUAUUUGGGACCAAGCUGCAGCACUGUCCCCGCUAAAUUAAGGACUUUUUAAAGUGACACUGUAUGAGCUUAAAAAAAAUGUUUCAAAUCCUGUAAUUUAGAACAGAGAAGUGUCUUUUGAGAUUUAACUGAGUUUUCACAUUACCAUAGAAAAAAAAAAAUUACCUUGUGUUUACAGACUCAGUCCUGGGGCCAGGCCAUUCUUAAGAGAAGAGUUAUUUAAUGUACUGCUCUCAUAGUCCCUGUUUUUUAAGUUGUGCUCAAUGGCUAGGCCCCUUCCAAGAAAAAAUAAGUGGUGAAUUUUGUUUGGGGUGGCCUCCCUGUUCUUGUAAAAGGGGCAGUGCUGCCCCCGUCUUGUCUUCGAUGGCAUUUUUUUUUUUUUUUUAACACCGGUUGGAACAUUUCGUCUGUCAUCUCUGCCUCGCUCUGGGGGCUGUGAAUCCGAGUUUUCUAACAUUGGUUCCUGAGAACUAAAGGCUUUUUCAUUUUUGUCAUUCUCAUCCCAGGGCAUUUAUUUCCUUUGUCAUAAACACUUGGUGUCCUUUUACUAAGUGGUGAGUUAAAUUUUGUUUUU